AUGUCGACCGCGCCGGUUGACUCCGACGUCCCGGGCACGAAGCCCAACGCCGAACCCUCACAUUCUGCUACACGCGAUGCCGCCCCUUCCAGCCCUCAGCAACGAGCACCCUCGCUAGGCAACACAAACACCGUUUCAAUGACAUCUUCAUCCUCUCCGCUCGGACAUGUCAAUGCUGCCCGACGACCCGGCCCUCCCACUUCUCGAGCCUCCGGCUUGACAUCCGACAUACAGGCUAAGAUGAAAGCAUUCUCGCUAUCAAGGCAAGGUGCACCAGGAGCUCAGAACAGACAGGCCCCGGCUGCUGGCGGGUUCACUGGCGGCCCAGUCGUCGGCUCGUCAGGUGCACCCGGCAUGCGUCUGCCGCCUAAUUUGCAAAGACCGAAUGCACAGCAAUGGGAUUCGGCAUCGCCGGCUCCUGGAAACAGCCCGAACAGUCCCAAAAUGCCGGGUACAAAGCCGGGCAUGGGUGGUCUCGCUGCAAAACGGGGUCUCAAACCAGGCGGGAUGAAGCUGUCAGAAGCACACAAGCCGGCUGCCCCAGAUGAGAAGCCACAACAGAGUGAGAGUGGGUCGCAGUUCAAACAAUUCUCAAGCAUUGUCGAUACGCAGAAAGGCACGCUUAAUUUCAAGAACAAAGCAAUCAUACACGGCAGUGGCAUCGAUUUCGAAGGUGGCAGCACAUUUCAAAUCUCCCUCGACGAGGUCGAUCCCGUCGACGAACUCGGCAAAGGCAACUACGGCACAGUGUUCAAGGUCAGACACGCUCGUCCGAAGAUGCGGCAGAGCGGUCUUGGGCUCCGAGGUAACAUGAGCCGACAAUUGUCCGAGCAGCAGCGUGAAGACAAUGACGCAAAUGCUACAGCGGGCACCAGUGGUCUGAUCAUGGCGAUGAAGGAGAUCAGACUGGAGCUGGAGGAUAUCAAAUUCGCUCAGAUCAUUAUGGAGCUCGACAUCUUACAUCGAUGUGUAUCUCCCUUCAUCAUCGACUUCUACGGUGCUUUCUUUCAGGAGGGUUCGGUUUACAUUUGUAUAGAGUACAUGGAUGGCGGAUCGAUCGACAAACUGUAUGCAGAUGGCGUUCCGGAGGGCGUUCUCCGAAAGAUUACUCUUUCUACGGUCAUGGGUCUGAAGAGUUUGAAGGACGACCACAACAUUAUACAUCGCGACGUCAAACCGACGAACAUUCUCGUCAACACUCGUGGACAAGUCAAGAUCUGCGAUUUCGGUGUCAGCGGAAACUUGGUUGCGUCUAUCGCGAAGACAAAUAUCGGCUGUCAAAGCUACAUGGCGCCAGAACGAAUAUCUGGAGGCGGCAUGUCUGCCGCUGGUGCUGGUGGUGGGACUUAUAGCGUGCAAUCGGACAUCUGGUCAUUAGCCCUGACCAUCAUUGAGUGCGCGUUGGGUCGGUAUCCUUAUCCGCCGGAAACAUACGACAAUAUCUUCAGUCAAUUGAGUGCUAUCGUGGAUGGAGAUCCACCAGAUCUACCAGCUGACAAAUACUCGGACGAAGCUGUCGACUUCGUGCGAGGAUGCUUGAACAAGAUACCAAAGCUUCGGCCCACAUACGCUGCCUUACUACGGCAUGCUUGGCUCGCACCGCUGAUCAAACCACCAACAAUCUCCGAAGACGAAGAAGCCGAGAAGGCAGCAGAAGCAGGAGACAGUAUGGACGCUGGCCCGCAGAUCGAGUCAAGCAUCACGACUGCAGACAAGGAGGUUGCAGAUUGGGUUAAGGCAGCAAUCGAGAAGAAGACGAAAGGGCAGCUCACAUUUGCGAAGAAGCCAGCCCUUCACGAGGCUCCCCUGGACGCGGUCCCGGGGAGUCCUUUAAUGAGCAAGGAUGAGGCUCCUGCGACAGUAGACGCUAGUGAAGGAGUUGCAGCGACGGCGGAGACAGAGGAAAUCAAGCCCAAUCCUGGUGUGAGAGUCAACAGCCCAGAGUUGAUCUCAGCUAAGAUUGAGCCUGUGGAUUUCGCAAAUCUAAGUCCUGGAAAAGAAGACAGCAAGUAG